AUGCGAGUCAUCUUCUCACAUCAGGAACCUAUCUCUUCGGAGAAAUGGGCCACUGUCUAUACCUGCCACCACUACCACAUUAGUUUUGUCUCCCCAUCAGAAAUGAACUUCUCCAAAGAGUUGCCUACAUUCUCUACACUCCCAUCUGCUAGUCCAGAGAUUAGCAACGUACAGCCAACGGAAUCCAGUCUGCCACCCAUUUCGUCAGGAGUCACUGGAGGAGUUGGUGCAGAGUUUGGAAAAAUGGAUGAAUUCCGUCUUGGCCAUAUUAAGUUCGAAGUGCCGCAGGAUAGAAAUAAGCGAUUAGCGGGUCUGGAAAUCCAGCUCCGCCCCCCACGGAGAGACAGCGCACGCAAGCUCGGCUCGUGGUCACUCGCGGACCUUAUUCCGUGUCGCUUUCCCCUUCUUCCCGGCAUUCCUGCUUCCGCUUUCUCACGGCUCUUUGGUUUUUCCACCUCUGAGGCACUUCGCGCCCAGGGGUUCGGUGACGUCAUCUCUCUGCGCUGCGCGGACACCCGCCCGUGGAAGAAGGAACAGCUCCGCCGCCCUUCGCCUCUUUUGUUGGGCUGCUGCUCCUCCGGAAUCAUGGCGCCGUCACUGUGGAAGGGGCUGGUGGGCGUCGGCCUCUUUGCCCUAGCCCACGCGGCCUUUUCCGCUGCGCAGCAUCGUUCUUAUAUGCGAUUAACAGAAAAGGAAGAUGAAUCACUGCCAAUAGAUAUAGUUCUUCAGACACUUCUGGCCUUUGCAGUUACCUGUUAUGGUAUAGUUCAUAUUGCAGGAGAAUUUAAAGACAUGGAUGCCACUUCAGAACUAAAAAAUAAGACAUUUGACACAUUAAGGAAUCACCCAUCAUUUUAUGUAUUUAAUCAUCGUGGUCGAGUACUGUUCCGGCCUUCGGAUACAGCAAACUCUUCAAAUCAAGAUGCAUUGUCCUCGAACACAUCAUUGAAGUUACGAAAACUUGAAUCACUGCGUCGUUAAGAUUUUUACAAAUUAUCAUAACAGGACAGGACACAGAGCUGGAAUAUUGGAGUUUGGGGUAUAAAACACUCCCCCCAUCAUCAGUAUUUAUAUUAUAUUGAUCUUUCAGACCUAAUUAAAAAAAGUCUAUGGCCCUUGUUUGUACACUGUCAAUCAAAUCGUUAGUGGAGUAUAAGUUAUCUGUGAAAUGAGUCUGAUCUUUCAUAGAGAGAAUUCUUUUUUCCAUUUAAAACAAACCCAUAUCUUUUGUAAAAGUCACUGUUUUGAGCACAUUUCUUUGAAAAAUGUUGGUGAUUUUGUAAUUAUUUAUUUUCUUAGAUUUCUUUUGCACUUGAGUUUUUAGGAUCCUUUUGGAAAUAAUGUGACUACUGCAUUUUGCAGCAUGAAUGAAAGUUAAAAAGUCUUUGGUUUUUAACAACAAAUGGACUUCUCUAAAGAGACCAAAAUGGUGGCUUAUCAGUUUUUCUUAUGACCCCUAAAAAAUGGCUCUGCUUCAGCAGCUGCUUGCCGGUUUUCAAUUUCUCAUGACUUCUCGUCCCCACCCCCACUCCCAUAUACCUUCUAACAUCGACUGUCUUGUUUCAUCACUUCUCUGGGGUUCUGUGUGCAGUGAGCAAUCCUUGUGUCAGAAAUCCUCUGUCAUAAAUAUAUUUAACAAAUUUAACUUGCUAUAAAGCUACUUGUGUUCUCUUCAUUUCUCUGUCAGAAAUCUCCCCGAUUGAUUAAGUAGUUAAAGAUUAGUUGAAGAUAGACCACAAGACCCUUCAUGAUUUCAUGAAUUAUCUUGCCUGUGUAGAGUAGUAAUCACUGAAGAAAACGGAUUACUUGUCAUCAGCCAGUUUAACUUAUUCAAAGUCUCUGUUAUUUUAUUGCAUACUAAACUCGCAAAUUAGUAAAACUAAAGGAAACUUCUCAUCAAAGGUAGGCUUCAAAGGCAUUGGGACAAAUAUGUUUUAAAUAUUUGGAACUAGUAUCUUCAAUGAAAAACCAUUAAUGUCAUUUAAGAAACUGUUUUAUAGCUUCGGAUUCGUUAGCAGGCUUAGAGUUUUUCCAUCUUUGUUGGAUGCUGCUGAAGAUGAGGAUGAGGGGACAGAGUAGACUUUUUUUUUUUUUAGAAACUAAUUUUGGGUUUGGAAAUUUGGCUAGCCCUUCGAUCUGCAGGGAGCUGAACGCCUCUUUGUAGAGAAGGCUGCUUUUGUUGAAAUGUACAGGUAUGAAAACAUUGCUUUCUUUGAAUUGUAUAGGUGCAAAGGGAAUGACUCUGCAGACUUGAAAAGCAAUACGCUUUCGGCAAGAGUUGUAAGAUGCCCUUCUGCUUGACGACAUUUUUCCCAUUAGAAAUGGACCUCAGCUCUUCUUUUCUGCUGGGUAACACGUAGCCUCAAAGCACGAGACUCUUUUGUCGUUGAGCUUUUACUGUUGAUUAGUUUUGUUUUGCCAACCCAAUCUGUGGAACACUGACUCUGCUCUCUAAGGAGAACAAAGUUAGAAAUCUGCUGAUUAGCCUAAGGUAAUUUAGAAAUGAGUUAAAAAUGGAAUUCAGGGGUUAAUAUGAUGAUAAUUAAAUCAAAAUAUUGUAUGAGAAACAAGCUCCUCCCAUCAGGCUUGCCUGCCAUUUCCUCAGGUAUGACUUGAUUCGAAAGAGCCUCUUCUCUUUGGGGGCUGCCUUCCUUUUUUUAUUAUCCACAUACCUUCAGUGCAGCCAUUUAAAGGGUGCAGUUCGGUGGUUUUGUCAUAUAUUUGUGAAAUUAUGCAACCACUAGCACAAUGCAUUUUAGGACAUUUCUAUCACCCCUAAAAGAAACCCUGUACCCUUUAGCGGGUGCCUCUCCUAUCCCCCUGGCCCAGUGCCUCCCAGCCCUGGGCAACCACUAAACUGCUUUUUGCCUCUAUAGAUUCACCUAUUCUGGUCAUUUAUUAUGAAUGGAUUCAUACAAUAUCUGGUCUUUAGUGACUGGCUUCCCAAGUAUAGUUUUGUGUUCUGUGUGGAGUGAGAACUUCUCCCCUUGAUGAGAACUGUGAUCGCUGUGGAAGGAAGUGGUUUGUCAAAUCAGUAGAUGGGGAGUAGGGAGGGCCAAACACUUAGCCGUGUUUCUUCAUCAAUCUUAGGCUGAAUGGUUUUCCCUUGUAACCAAGCACUCAUGAUAUACUACUAUUUAUAAUAUUUUGCCUAGUCUCUAGAAUAGAUAUGGAAAUCUUUGCCUGCCCAGUCAGGAAAGUCCUAGUAAAAAUUAUGCCUGAGGAUUUGGCAGAUAAUUGACAUAGUUUUCAGGUGCGUCUAACUUUGCUAGCAGCUUGUAUACCUCGGGCCAGGUGAGCUUCCCAAAUUUCUUCUUCAGUGUCCUCCAGUGAAUUUCUGUUUUCUUUUUCCAAUAUGUACCAUAGAACUAAAGGUGAUUUGGGUGCAUCAUAACAGUGCUAAAUGGAUUAAACUCAGAAUUUUAUUUAUAAUGCUUUGAGACAGUCCAUGACUACCUAGGGUAGUUUCCCACCUGCCCCCCCCCCCCAAAAUGUAGUGAUGUAAGCUAGUUAAGCCUGCAGUUAACUGCCAUUUUAGUGACUUUCAGAAGUGUGCACUCUUGGACGGCUCUCUAAAAUAUAGGAAGAGACUUCUUAAUAACUAGGGAACCAGCCAAAUGCUAUGGGCUAGUGGCCCAGCCACAGAAAAUGCAGAUCGGCGGAUUGGAGACCAUGAUGCUCUGUAACUCCCUAAUGAUUGUUUCCUAAGCACUGUGGCUUAUUUUUGAGUGGCAUGACAGCAUCUUCCUGGUUGUAUGUGGCCUGUUUCCAUGAUGUAUUGAGUAGUGUUGUUUGUUGUGAACAUCGAUGCCUGUAACACCAAGCUAAACACCUUCUUUUGGAUAUGUUUCCUCUCUCUAAAUGGCCUUGCCCUGUCCAAUAAAUAAAUGAUUGUCUCACCCUGUU